GAAGCUGAAAUCUCAUUCGUUAGAUUACACACUCACAUGUAGCACUGAAAACGUAGUUAGUCGGAACUGAACAAAUUUUAGAAGUUUAUCAGAUAUUUUGUAGAAAAUGUGCAAAAACGUUAUGUUGUUUCAAUGUAUAUAGUUGAAAUCCGCAAUCAAACAAAGAAUAUGGAUAAAGUACACUCAUCCAAAAUCCCAAUUUCCGUGGAAGUGAACGAAUCGUUUGAACAACCUUCCUCCGAUGAUGGCUUUGAUCUAUUUAUGUGCAUUUGGGAACUGAGCCUAAGCCUUGGUAACUUCAACUACAAUGUGGCCAAGUCAGUAGAGUUCACAAAAGAACACAAUACGCCUGCGAGCGACUCAUUCGAACUGGUUUUGCUUAAUAAUUUGCGGAUACAAUUCGAACAACUGCAGAAGGAAACGAAUCCCGAGGAAAGGACUGUGCACGAUGCACGCGAAGCUCUUUUCAUGCGCCUGUACAAGGAACUGUUGGAAAUAGAGCCGGAUGAGGAACUGCGCAAUGGGUACCUGAAGAUUUGCCAUGAACUCUUCGAUUCUGGCCACCCAAAACUUAAGGGGCGGGAAAAGUCCCUCAGUUGUCGAGUGGAACUCAUCGAUCGUUUGCAUGCCCAGGCUCAAAACAUAUUGCAUUGCCUGGUUGGAAAAUCAAACUCAACUUCAAGUGUCGACGUAAAAUCCUCUGACUCCCAUAUUAUUAUGUAUCUGGAGAGCUUAAAGUUGAAAAAUCAUGCCCAAUUAGAAAACAUUCCAAAGAAGGACGACAUCACUUAUCCAGUAAAAGAAUUGAGGCCUGAUAAAAGUUUAGAGUCCAACAGAGUGAGUUUCGAAAUGAAAAUAGAAGGUUUUCAAUUAAUUGAGAAUGAAAAGAAAAUGGUUAAUUGCCUCUCAAGGGGCUUAAAAUUUGAAAGGGGAAUCUCUGUGAUUUCAACUCGCGAUGAUAUUUAUUCUAUGGAUUCAUUUCAUAUUUCGAAUAAUUUUGAUGAUCAUGCAAAUGUUUCCGCAAAUAUAACUAGUCAAAGAAGAACGUUUGAUUUGUUUGAUAAAUAUGUAGACCGAGAUGGUAAGGAAGUAAAGGAUGUUAUUCCGGUGAUAAUUGAGGAAGCUGCUACUCCAAAUAAUUCUGAGAGUACCUUAAAAGCUGCUGCAGACGAUUUCGUCGAUGUUCCUGCAAUUGAUUUGGAUUUUCUUAGUGAGGAAAAACCUUGUGACGGUAACAAUGUUUACGAAGAAUCUGAAGCGAGUGUCGCCGCUAAUUGGGAUCCUACAGAGAAUCCAACAGAUGAAUGUAUAAGCAGUCCCAUCAGGGUCAAUACUUCUGAAGGACAUUCAGAAAAAUGUUUAUUUGAAGAUGCGUUUAGUGAUAGUUCUUGUAUUUCGAAUUCGCCAUCUGAAAAUAAUUUCAAGGAACAUUGUCAUAGCAACAUGGAAAAAAUAAAAGAGGUCUUUUUACAAUACAACAGCAAAUUAGACGCGAUAGCUAAAGUAAACGAAAAAACCGGUUUAAAAACCUUUAAGUCCUUUGCCAAAUUGCCUACUACUGAAGAAAGCCCGAUACUUGAUGUUGUUAAUAUAAAUGAAAACUUGCUGGAAAAAGGUUUCAAACUUCAAAAGACAUUGAAAGAAGUAGAUUUUUCUGAGGACGAAAUAAUGACUCAACUGCGACAAACUGUAAGUAAAAUAAAGCUAAAUGUUUUAAAUGAAGUUGACAAGUCCCUGAAAUUGACUCUGCAUAAACCAUCUGAUGUUCUAUUAAGGAAAUCGUCUUCGGAAAAAGCUAAGAUCGUUAAUUAUGGACGGAAUUCUAAAUUUACUGAUGAGCUGCGCAUAAAUUCUCCAGGAAAAUAUUCCCCAAGAAAUUAUGUUUUCAGGGAUUCCCCAAAAAAGAAAUCAAUUAAGUCUGGCAAUAAAAAGUAUGAUCAGGAAAAGCUUUCACCGAAAAAUAGGGAAGAAAAACGUAUAGAAGUGGUUGAAAAAGAAUCCUUGAAAACGAUUGAAAAUAAAUUUGAAGAAACUAAACAUUUAAAGGCAACUUCACAUAAAUUGGGCAUUGAUAUUUCUGAAAAAUGCAGUUUGGUAAAUGGCAAUUGCCUCAUCCCAGAAAAAUCAAAUGAUUUGAAUGCUGAGCUGGAUGAUCAAGAAAUGUUUUCACCAAUGUUAGGCCAAAUUUCAAAAACGGUUAGUGAAGUUAAGCUGCACAUUCUGAAAGAGGUUGAUAAGUCCUUGUCCGAGGUGAUUGGAAAAAAUCAUGCCGAUGAAGAUAAAAGAGACGUUAUGAAGGGCCACAGUGAAAAUUUUGAAGAGUUAAUUCCAAAGAAAGUAAUUGAAUUUGGUGCUGAGAGGGACGAUAAGGAAAUGCUUUCACCAAUGCUCAGUCAAAUUAUACGAACGGUAAGUAACAUUAAGCUCAACGUUUUAAAGGAAGUGGAUAAAUCACUAUCGGAAUUGACCCUAAAAAAUUGUUCUAAAGAUUCACUUAGAAAACAAUCUAAAUUAUCGUUCACUAACGAAAGUAAUUUAAUCAUUGAUUUAUCUAAUAAUGAUAAAUCAGGUUUAAAUUUAUGGGGAAAACCCUAUGAAGGACUAGAUAAAAGCGAAGCUACUGAGGAUUCAAAGGCACCUUUUGUAAAAACUUUAUCUAAUGAAAGUGACAUAAAGCUUAACUUGGUAAAUGAUGUGGAUAAGUGUGGUCCAGCGGGCAAGAAUUUAUGUCAAGGUGAUGGUAAGAGUGAUGAAACAGAACUUUUAAAGGCACCUUCUGUAAAAACUAUGUUUAAAGACUGUGAGCUAUGCCAAUCUGUUCAUAAAGGCUUAAAUUUAAGUGUAGGGAGCUGCGUUGGCUUAGCUAAUUUAAAGGCACCUUCUGAAAUAACUUAUAGCGAGCAUAGAUUGUUCAUAAAACCUUUGCCCAAAUGGCAGCAUCAACGCCACAUCAUUGCAGCCCCUCGUGUUGUAAUAAAGACGUUCAAAUCGAAUCCCGCCUAUCAAUGGAACCCUCAUGAGCCAAAUGCGCCCGAUUUCUAUGAACAAUUGGACCAGUUUUAUGAGAUCACGGGUCAAACUAUGGAUAUUGACGUUUAUUCUAUAGAAUCACGAGUAAGCCUGAUUGUAAACCGAAUUAGGAAGAAAAUGCCAAGGGACAUCAGCUACUCUGAUUGGAUGCUUGCUGUGGGAAAAUGUAAAGUGGAACAGCUGCUCACUCGCGACGAGAAAAUUGCCUACGAAGCAUUGCGCUUUCAGUCGAGGGAUAGAGGUGAUCAGGAUCUAUCUACGGAGUCUCGAUUCACCGAUGCCCUUCACGGAAUGAUGGGCUAUGAGUCGCCCCAUUUGAAGGUUUCAUCGCUAACUGGCUGGCUGCAAUUGCGAUCGCCUCAUCAUCAGGAGAGCAUCAGUGAGUCCUAUCUUCUGCUGACCCUUGGCCACUUGGGCUACCUAUAUAGAUCCUUGAGGGAGCAACUGGUAGUACUCGGCCAACAGGGAGAAACUGGUUCUGCUCUCCGAGAAUGUCUGCAGAAGGAACUCCAGAAUUUCCAACAAUUCUACGAGUUAAGGAAGCAAGAACCGAGCAGCCUGCUUGCUCUGCACUGGAAAACUCGAGGAUACCAGCUGCAUUUUCAGUGGCUUUUAGGUGUGCUGCACAGAAUUCAGAGUAAAAAGUCCAUUGUGGUAUCACUGAACGAAGAAUCACGACGUAGAAUUGGAUCUCAAAGAAACUUAAUGGUAAAGUGGUUGAAUGUGGCCAGUCAACCACUAAUAACAAAACUUUAUCACUGGCUUCUUAGCGGACAACUGAGUGCUUCGGAUUACGAUGAUUUUCCAAUUGAGCGCUGUACAACUGCGGGCAUAGAUGAUUUCUGGCAGAAACGCUAUAGAGUUCGAAAAUCUUUCUCCACGUUUCUGGACCCUCACCUUACCGAAACUCUAAUUAGUGUGGGAAAGACCUUGGCUUACACAAAAAAGUUCUUGGGCCUUAGCUUGGAUAUUUCUCUGAUCAGUAAAGAACUUCUUUACUCAUUGAUAGAUGCGUUUGAUCACUUCUACCGGUACGGAGAUCAGGAACCACUCUAUGAAAUUGUCCAUAAACUGCACUUUGAAAUAUCGAAUGAAGUGCUUACACUUCAGGAAAUAAAACCCAAUCCACAGGAUCUCUUCUUUCAGAUUCACAAAUACUCAAUGCUUACGGAUUCAAAAUUUACCAGAGGGUUUUUUGAAGUUUUCGAACCCAUCCUUGAAGAACCAGCGAGCUGCUUUAAUAUUGAACUUUUCAACCAAAUAAAAGAUCAAAUGUUGCACCAGCCGAUUCCGAGCUUCUAUAUAGAUAAAGCUAAAGGCGAUGGAGCCAAGUGUUGGUCACUUCUUGUUCUUCGCUGGAAUUUUCCGAACCACUGGAGAGCUCUUCUCGGCGAGGAUGUUAAGGAGUAUGAUGCGAUCUUUGGUGGCUUGUGGAGAUUUAACUAUGUCAACUACGUGCUCGGCAAAAGGAUAGUUCGGCAGCAGUUGCAUUUCCAAAAUCGCAUUGACCUCAAAUAUUUCGAAGGCCUCGAAGGAACAAACAGGUGUUUUGUCCAUCUGAUAAAUAUUGUUCUGCGAGUAAUGAAAGUUUUGAGGCACUUUUUUCUCAGUGAUAUAUUAGAGCCAGCGUUCGCAAAGCUUUUGUUGGCCUGUAACAAGGCAAAUAGCCUUGACGACAUCCUCGAGGCGAAUAGAACCUACCUGAAGACCAUCAAAUUAGGGUCCUUGCAAACGAAAGCUCUACGAAAAUCAAAUCAAUACCUAGAUAAACUCUAUGGUCUCGUACUAAAUCUCGAUCAUCAGCAGCAAAAGUUCCACAGGCUAACCCAGAUUUUACUGGACUAUGUGAUGGAAGCUGGUGUCUCAAAUUCUAGUUCUUACAAAGGUCGAAUACAGGAGUUUCGAUGGUCCUGUGAAAGCUACACGGAUUUCAUCAAGGAUCUGGAAGAAAAAUUUCACCUGGCAAUGGUCAACUUUUUGUUUAGCCUGCAUUUAUCAGAUGAACCUUCAUUAAGAUUACUGGCCUUAAGGUUGGAUCCCAAAAGCUAUUAUACAUAUAAGGAUGCCAGGUUGGGUCUUGUGCAAAUGUUCGAGUUCAAGAGGAAGGCGCGAAAGAGAUGUUCGGAAGACAGCAGCUAACAACUUUAUCUGUUAUAUAUUCUUCUGUAUAUUUUUCUACAAGCGACAAAAUGAGUUAUUUAUAAUUUAAAACAUAAAAUCUGUAUGUCUUGUACAUAUUUUUUAAUUUGGAUAAAUCUCUAAAUUGAUCUAAUAAACGGGAUACAUUUUCAUAU